AUUCAGUGCGCAUGUCACAACUUGGAGCCAUCAACUUGUUUAGUAAACAACAUUUCGACUCUUUUUUUUCUGUCUCUAGCUCUGUGUGGGCGAUAUUUGCUUUCCGAAGCAUUAUAAAAGAAGAGCGAAGUAUAAAUAUUUCAUCACUUCACGUCUCUUCACCUAUUUUCGCUGGAUUAUCCGACAUUUAACUGAACACUUCUAUUGUUUUUUAAGGAACACAAUUUGAGACGUUGUUGAAUUAAGGAGAAAUAUGACGUUCCUUGAAGUGGUCCUUCUUCUUUUACUUUCCUGUAUGAUAGAGAGGUCGAUCUCGCUGUCGUGCCCCUGUUGGGCCCACGACGCUGACCCAUCAAACCCGCUGUCAUACAGAGAGACGUACUGCAAUGACCUCAACCUUCAAUGUCCUUCCGGGUCAGAGGUCAUCAGCGACCACUGCGGAUGCUGUAAAGUAUGCUCACAUGUUGAAGAUGAGGAAUGCGGGGGACCUUGGAACGUACUAGGAACUUGCGCCAAGGACUUCGAAUGCGUCGACCCAAAGACGAAAGCUCCAAUCCACAUGGAGAAAUAUAUCGUCAAUAUCCCUAUGGGAGUCUGCAGAAGAAUCAAACGAUCUGGCGCAGGUCAGGCGCCCUCUACGCCCGAGCCACGUCCAUUCAAACCUGAGUUCCCUCCUGGUUUCUCAUUAAUGGACUUCUUCGGACCUUUCGGUCCACAGCGGCCAUUGGAUAACGAAAAGCCAUUGGGUAUCAACAAGAAGACGAAGAAGACAAAGAAGGACAAGAAACUGAAGAAGGAUUUGAAGAAGAAGGACAGAAAAGAAAAGAAGGAGAGGAGAGAUAGGAAGAUGAAGGAGAUUAGGAAGCAGAGUAGGAGAAAAGUGAGCAACGAAGUUAGCAAUGAGAUUCCCAAGUACUUCUAAAGACUUGUCAAUUGGACUGAUUGUUUGUUUUCCAAACAGGGUAUAGUACUAGCCUGUGAUAGUAUUCAUCUAACAUCAUGUUUCCAGGCAUCUUGCAUUGCUAUUAAAGGUGUUCAAUAAUCAAUAUAAGACAGUUCCCGGGCAGUUCCCACGUAGAUGACAAAAAGAUAAAUUUGUUAUUCAAGGUAUUCGAUCAUUUUCCAUCCCCAAUUUGAUUGUUGAUAAUGGCCCCUUUAUCUGACGCGGGCGUUCACCAUUUCCAUGAUUAGUGACCUUCAAAUUAUGCUCGUUGAAGUUCGCAUCGAUGCCCUUCAAAGUCUGGCGAGAUGUUCAUUCAAAUCAAUUCACGAAGAAGGGCGGCAGGGCGAGCCUUUAUAGUGGAGGGUCAUAAAAAGGUGUCACCUUUUCUCAAGAAACGGUACUUUUCUGAUAUUCUUUUUUUUUCUACCGUAAUAUGGACCUUCUUCCUGGAUGAAUUAAAACAUACAUCAUUUUCAUUUUCAAAUAGUUCCAAAGAUGUAAAAUUUUGUCGGAAUACCCUUUUGGGGUUGUAAUCUUUGUACCCUCAACCUAAGUAAAAAACAAGUGAAUAUAUGUACAUUUUUGUUCUCUAAAGGUUCUCUAAAUAUCUCUUGUUCUCUCCUUUGUCACUCAUUCUCUUGUUUUUUCUUCCGUUUUGAUCAAUAUAUUGUGCCCAAAAAGGUGCAACUUUGCACCUGGCAUAACCAUGUUAAUUGGUACAACUCUGCACUUUUUGUCCAUCCCUAGGGUAGCGGCCGUUAUUUAUGUGUGCUACGCUGUAAUAAGAAAUAUUAAGGUGUCAACAUAUUAGUUCUUUUGUAACUGUACUCUAAAUGGUGCCGUUUCAGGUAUCAGCGAACUAGCUCGAAUUAUCAUGAUUAUUGUUCACAUUGUGUGUGAGGCGUCAGUAUUGCUUAUAAAAUUAUAUAUUAUCUAUAACCGAUUACUAGUCUCUUUACGUAAUGUGUACAAACUGAAUACAUUUUACGGAUGCUAUGUGCAUUUCUGGGCAUUGGCUCGCCUAAAACAGACAAAGGAUAUAAGAAGAAAUGAAAAAAGGAGGGAGAGAGAGGGAGAAAUAUAGAGGGAGGGGCUCGGGAGUUGUUGUUAUUGUCUCUUUUCCUCAUCCAAACGGAGGAAGCAAAGUUUAUGUGUCGUUUGGUAAUACGCAAACCGGUGUGUUGGCUCAGUUGGUCGAGCAUCCGUCUAAGAAUCGGGAGGUCGGGAGUUGAAAACCCGGCCGCGUCAGACGUAAAAAGAUGACAGUUGGUGCCACCCUGUUUGGCGUUCAACAGAGACUUGUCGAUCAGGGGCUGCACGGUGGCUGCCCGGCCCACGAUCAAUUGGGUAAAAUGGAUUUUCGGAAUAUUUCCAUUCUAAGAUUUAUUUUCAUUAUUUUGCCUAACUGAUUGAAAAAAAAAUAUAUAUUUCAAACUUUUUCUAUCUUGAAUUAUUAAAAAUAUGCUUUUUGAACAGAAUUGACAAUUAUGUACAGUAUAUAGGUCGAUUUUCUGCUCCCAGCCCCCCCCCCCCAUGCGCGAAGUUACUUGCCUUAUUUACACCUCACUACGAUCAUAUAUUGUAUAUAUUUGUAUAUCAUAUUUUCUGUAACUAUUAUCUAGUUAAUAAAAUCUAUCAAUAUACAAUGUCAG